GAUCUUGAGAGCAAAAUAAUCCAAUUUCUGAAAGAUGAGCUGGAGAAGUUUAAGAAAAUAUUACAAAAAGAGAAUAUGCAAUACUUUGUGGAGGACUUUAAUGAGAAUAGAUGCAGUAUCAAGGAAAUAGCUCUCGAUCUCACACUCUACUUCUUAAGAAAUAUGAAGCAAGAUGAAGCUGCUGAUACUCUAGAAGAUGAGCUGCUCUUCAUUCAUCAACUAAAAUGUAACCUAAAGAAGAAGUAUCAAUGUGUGUUUGAAGGAAUUACAAAGCAAGGUGACUCCACACUUCUGAAUAACAUCUACACCGAUCUCUAUAUCACUCAGGGUGGUAGUGAACACGUUAAUAUUGAACAUGAGGUAAGACAGAUUGAAGUUACUUCCAGGCAUCAAGAAUCACAAGAGAUACAGGUUGAAUGCACAAAGAUGUUUAAAGCAUCUGAACAAGACAAGCAGGUCAGAACUGUACUAACAAAAGGAGUUGCUGGCAUCGGAAAAUCAGUCUCUGUGCAAAAGAUUGUUCUGGAUUGGACUGAAGGAAAAGAAAAUCAAGAUAUCAGCUUCAUAUUUCCUCUUCCAUUUAGAGAGUUGAACUUAAAGGAGAAAGGAACACAAAGCUUGACAAGGAAAUCUGCUUCCUUCUGCUCUCAUCUGGAUCACCACCAGACCAGCAGCUAA